AUGGUCUCCACAUUAUCAGCCAUUUUUCCCCCUUCGCCGUCUUUCACGGAGAAAGAUCUACCUUCUCUUCUCGGUAAAGUUUUCAUCAUAACGGGCGCGGCAUCUGGAGUAGGAUUUGAGCUUGCCAGAAUUCUUUAUAUUGCAGGAGGAACUGUAUAUAUUGCCGCUCGCUCAACGUCACGAUGCGAGGGUGCUAUCGAGGAGAUCAAGAAGCAGACACGCGGAAAGAAAGUAGAAGGUGUGUUGAAGUCCAUGCUACUCGAUUUGGCAGAUCUCAGAACAAUCAAGCCAGCUGUCGACAGUUUCUUGCAACAAGAGACACGACUGGAUGUUUUGUUCAACAAUGCGGGUGUGAUGAAUACUCCUGUAGGAACUGACGAGAAUGUGGUACAGGGCCACGAUCUUGAAAUGGCCACGAACUGCGUUGGACCGUACCUCCUUACCAAACUUUUUGAGCCAAUUCUUAUCCAAACAGCUGCACUGAGUCCUCAAUUUACCGUGAGAGUCGUUUUCGUCGUCGCACUCAUGCAAUUCUUUUCACCUGCUACCGCGAUGGAGUUCGAUAACAAUGGCAACCCAAAGAUUUUGCCGGGAGACAAUUAUAUGAAAAGUCAACCUGGGGACAACUACAUGCAAACCAAGGUUGGAGGAACAUGGUUGGCUGCAGAAUUUGCAAAUCGUCUUGGGAGCAAAGGGGUUCUUAGUGUGUCUGUACAUCCAGGACUGAUGCGUACUGAACUUCAACGAAACAUGCCUAUCUCAGCUCGAGUGAGCAUGAAAUUACUUUUCAAGGGCCCUAUAUAUGGUGCUUACUCCGAAAUUUUUGCUGCAUUUUCUCCGAAGAUCAAGGCAGAAAACAAUGGUGGAUAUAUUUUGGCUUGGGGCAGGAUCGCGCAACUACCCAGAUAUAUCACCGACGGUCUGGAAAGUGAAGCACAAGGUGGGACUGGCGGAGCGAAGAUGUUCGUCGAGUAUUGCGAACGAGAGACGACAGGAUUUCAGUGA